AUGGCUGCCUCUCUCUCUACACUCACAUUGGGCACCCCAUCUUAUCUCAACACACCCGCGACUUCCUCUUUUCCUCCGCACACCCCAAAACCCACCCUCCAAUUCCCCUUCAACCCCCAAAACCCUAGCCUCACCCACCGUGCCACGCACCUCCGUCCCCUCGCGGCCGUGGCAGCCCCCGAGAAGAUUGAGAAGCUCGGCGCCGACAUCUCCAGCCUCACCCUCGAGGAGGCUCGCAUCCUCGUCGACUUCCUCCAAGACAAGCUCGGCGUCUCAGCCGCAGCUCUGGCUCCAGCCGCCGCGGUGGCCGCGGCGCCAGGAGCCGCCGAGGGACCGGCCGUGGUGGAGGAGAAGACGGAGUUCGACGUGGUCAUCGAGGAGGUGCCGAGUAACGCUAGAAUUGCGGUGAUUAAGGCUGUUAGGGCGUUGACGAGCUUGGCGCUGAAGGAGGCCAAGGAGCUGAUUGAGGGCUUGCCUAAGAAAUUCAGAGAAGGGAUUUCCAAGGACGAAGCCGAUGAGGCGAAGAAGCAGCUGGAAGAGGCUGGGGCUAAGGUUGCCAUUGUGUAA